AUGUCAUCAGGUGAAAAUAGAACGCACCAAUUUACCCACUCCAAUGUUCAAAGACGAGCAUCUACAGUGUAUGGCUCCGUUGGAAAGCAAGGAUUGUUUAUUCCUAGUGACUUCCUUCAGUCAAAAAACAUAACAGAUCUCGAACAAAGCAUUGCAAGUAAUGAUGAAAAUCAGCCUUUGUUAUCUGUACCCCAUAAGGCCAAUCGUCGUAAGUCAAGUGUUGCACAAGAGCUCAUCCAACAAGAGAGAGAAUUAUUAAAGACUCAUCACAUUCCAGUUGACGAGUCCGAUGACGAUGCAGUUGCAAACACCUUCGAGACAGCCAUAUCAACAAAGCAAAUCUACUCAACUACUGUUGGUGCAGAGCUUUACUCUUUGGUCAAGUCUUCGAUUCCAUUAGUGAUGACAUUUCUCUUACAAAACUCAUUGUCUACUGUUUCUGUAUUCUCUGUUGGCCACUUGGGAGCAGUUGAAUUGGCUGCAGUUUCAAUGGGUUCCAUGACUGCCAAUAUAACGGGCUAUGCCACCAUUCAAGGUAUUGCGACUGCCUUAGACACAUUAUGUCCGCAGGCAUUUGGCGCUAAGAGAUAUGGCAUGGUUGGUGAUUACAUGCAAAAGUGUGUUGCUUUAAUUUUUGUAAUUAUGAUUCCAGUCUUGUUUGUUUGGGUAUUUUUUGGCUAUGACUUGAUUUGCCUUAUAUUGCCAGACAAGGAGACUGCUAAACUUGCAGCAGACUAUUUGUUCUAUAUCAGUCCUGGAAUUCCCGCUUAUAUAUUGUUUGAAUGUGGUAAGCGUUUCUUACAAGCGCAAGGGGUGUAUCAUAUUUCAACUUAUGUUCUACUUUUCGCUGCCCCUUCCAACCUUAUUAUGAAUUUGGUCUUCGUUAAGUCUUUUGGAUACCUUGGCGCUCCCAUUGCAGUUGCUAUCAACUAUUGGUUGAUGUUUAUUGGAUUGUUUGUUUCGACUGCUUUUUUCAUAGACGCAGAUGGAACUCCUACAAAUGUCCAUCCAUUAGUUUGUUGGGAUGGCCUUGAUAUUAAGAGGGCCUUCAAAGAUUGGGGCAAAUUAGUGAACUUAGCAGUUCCAGGCUUAAUCAUGCUUGAAGCUGAAUUUUUGGCCUUCGAGAUUUUGACUUUGAUGGCGUCGUAUUUGGGAACAAUUGAAUUAGCAGCCCAAUCGGUGGGCUCCACAAUGGCAUCUUUGACUUAUCAGGUUCCAUUUGCAAUCGGAAUUGCAUCCUCUACCAGAAUUGCUAACUUCUUAGGUGCCGGAUUGGCAGAGCCUGCUAAGAAGACUACUCAAGUUGCAUUGAGUUUUGGGUUGUGCAUUUCCCUUUUCAACUUUCUUGCAUUGUUCCUUUUUCAAUCUCAGAUUGCAAACUUAUUUACAAACGAUGAUCGCGUGAUUGCAAUCCUCAAGGAUGUUAUGUGGUUAGUUGCUCUUAUGCAGAUUUCUGAUGCCAUGAAUGCAAAUUCAGCAGGAUGUUUAAGAGGACAAGGACAAACAAAAAUUGGUGGAAUCGUCAAUUUGGUGGCUUAUUAUGUUGUUGGCAUCCCCUUGUCAGUAUACUUGAGUUUUUACUCCCCAUGGAAAGGGUCAUUACAUGGUUUGUGGAUUGGAUCAACUGUUGCAUUGACAAUCAUUGGAGUUGUACAAAGCUAUUUUGCUUUGUUUGCAAAUUUUGAAAAGUUGUGUGAUGAUGCGAGAUCCCGUACGCAAGAAUCACGAACACACUAG